GGUUAGCUGGAGUGAGCAGAAUGAGGAGAGUUAGGGCUGUGAUGGCUCUGGCUUCCUUGUGGUGCCAUCAGGAUGCUUACCGUAGGUCCUUUGCUCAAUCUGUGCUGAGGUUCUUAGGCUUCAUCUUCUGGGGUGCUGCUGUAGCUCAUAUGUUUGGUGGAGUUGCAGUGAUCCUGAUUUUCAAGAACUACAGAUAUUUGUUUCAGGAGGCUUACUUGUCUCUCCCUGGUUGGUUGGCUCUUGUAACUGCACUUAUAUUGCUACCUACUGGAGUUUUGGCUGUCUCUAUUUCUGUUAAGAGUUCCUGCAAUCAGCAAGGGACUUUGAUGUACUUGCUGCUGCUCCUUCUUUGCUUAGAAAUGUCUUCAGUAGCUCUGGCACGUUCCUACUGUGUUAGGACAGCUUCUCCGCUGGAAAGUGCUAUCAGUUACCUUGUUCACCAGCACAACUGGACAUGCUCUCAGGAUCCUGGAAGCAGUGCUGUGGAUGAGAUACAGAGGAAGCUGCACUGUUGUGGGGUCCACAACUACACAGACUGGCUAAAGGCAUCAUCUCUGCAUCAUCCAACUUGUGUCCCUGAAAGCUGCUGUAAGGAGAAGCAUUCCCUCUGCAGGGGAGACUUAGGCCAUGUGGAGCAGCUUUCUGAGGAAGGCUGUCUAAAGAAGCUGGAAGACCAGUUGUGUUUUUCUAUGCUCUACAUUUUUUGGUCUUGUAUUGUGCUAAGCAUCCUGGAGAUCUUGGCUGCUGUCAGCAAUUGCAUCCUCAUGAGACGUCAGCCAUUCCGUGAACUUAGUAUGCUGGACUCGUAUGUCUUCUCACAGUACUAUAUGUACUAGCUGCUUUGCUGGACCUUUUCCUACAUGUUUCCUUGGCUUUUUACUACUUUGUUGUUGCAUUGGAAGAAAAUUUUUAAAAAUUAUAUAAAUAAUAAUAAUAAUAAUGAAUCAAACUAAUUGAUCACUGUUGGAUUUUUUUUUUCUUUAGUGUCAUGAUCUUGGAUCAGUUUUCCCACAGGUUAUUUUUCAAUAAGCAUUGUUUAUGUGAAAAUCUUCUAGGGACAAGUCUUCAGCUUGUGCAGACACAAAACCACUGUACGUGAGUGCAGGGGAAGGAAGCAGUAAGAAAAGGUGUAUCUGGCUCAGGGCAACUUGUUGUGAGGUCGUGAGCUUUUGGACUGCAUCUUAACUGUACUAGAAUCUUGCAGAGCAAUUAAUGUGCGAACUUGUGUUGGAAG